CUAAGCUCCACAGAUUCCUCCCUGCACCUCCUCGCACCCAACACAUUUCACCUCCCCCCUCUUUCUCUCCCCCAUCGUGUUAUGGAUUAGACUCUCAGAGCUUCUUCUUCUUCUUCGACUCUCACCUCUCUCACUCCAGCACCCAAUUCCCACCAACUCUGCUCAAAUCCCCCACCGCCGCCGUGAUCUCCGCCUCUGAUUUCAUCUCCGGCCGCCGCUUUCCCUCGUAAUCCGACCACCCUGAUCGCCAAAUUCAUAGGGUUUAGUGGAACAACGAGCGGCAUGUGUAUUGUUUUGAGGGGAGGUCAGUUGUGUGACUGCAUUGUGAGUUGAAUUGCAAGCUUGUCUGUGUCUGAUAUAAGAAUCAAGGUCACAUGGUUUCGCUAGGGAAAGAUGUAACGGAUGAAGUUGCAUCUGAUAAUGUACCGAAGAAGGAGAAUAUUGAUACUGAAAUCCAUGUAUCGCCACAUCAAACUCCUACUAAUGGGGUCUGUCCACUGAAAUCAGAUGAUAAAGGAAGCGCUCCAUCUAAAGUACCUAAUAAAGCAUUGCAGGUGCCUGAUGGUGGUAUUACUGCAUUGCAAUUGCAAUCAAAUCAAGAAGGAAGUGUUUCCUCAUUAACAUCUGAGAAGGCAUUGCUGACCCCUGAGACUGGUGCCCUUGUCUUGCAAUCUGGUCAUGAAGGAAGCACUUCAUCUAGAGUGCGUGAAAGACCGUUAGAGGAUGGUUAUAACUGGAGAAAAUAUGGCCAAAAACUUGUUAGGGGAAAUAUUUAUGUACGAAGUUACUACAGAUGUACACAUCCUAAAUGUCCUGUGAAGAGGCAAGUGGAACGCUCCCAUAAUGGGCAGUUAAUAGAUACCGUUUACUUUGGUCAGCAUGAUCAUCCUAAACCUCAACUUAGUGUCCCAAUAGCUGUUGGUUUUGCUGUGUCCGUUGGUGAAGAAAGAGCAGAACAGCAGUUGUUAACCAGUGGUGAAGAUAAACCAUUGGAGGCACAUGGCGACACACCUAAACAAACUGAGCCAGUAGAUCCCCUUCAGCAUUCAAAUGUUGCAGAGAAUGAAGCUGUGCAGGGUGUGCUCUCUUUAUCAAAUAGAACUAGAGAUGGUGAUCCAGACCCAAAAAGACAGAAGAAGGAAAAACAUAAUGGAAACUCCAUUCCGGUGGAUAAGCCAACUGGUGAACCACGUGUUGUUGUUCAGACUAUGAGUGAGGUUGAUAUAGUCAAUGAUGGGUACAGAUGGCGCAAAUAUGGGCAAAAAUUGGUAAAAGGCAAUCCGAAUCCCAGGAGUUACUACAGAUGCUCAAAUCCUGGAUGCCCUGUUAAGAAACAUGUAGAGAGGGCGUUUAAUGAUUCAAAAGUGGUUAUAGCCACAUAUGAGGGGCAACAUGAUCAUGAUGUACCCCCCUCGAGGACUGUCACCCCUAAUACUGCAGCAUCAAAUGUGUUGCCAGCAGCCCACAAUGGUGACUCUGGCACCAAAGUAGAAGCGCAUGCUGUCAGCCGUGCUAGUGUCGCAUGUACCAGCCCAGAACAUGAAGGUAAACCUAUCGAGCAACCUGAUUUUGAGUCAAAAACUAAAUCACGAAGAAUUGAUGCUGCUGCCGCUGAUAUGGUUGUCGAUUCUGAUCUGGGUCCUGAAAGAAAGAUAAAUGAAGAAUUGAUUGGUAAAGCAUGUGUCCAUGAAGAAGGUGAUCCCCAUGAUACAAUUGUUUGUAGAGCAAAUAAACUGCAGAAUGGCAAGUCAGAAAGUAUUCCAUCAGAGCAAGAAAAGCGAAAGCCAAAAGCAGAACCUGUUCAAGGUUAACUUGCCAUGCUCCAUCGAGAUUCAUCUAGACCCUAAAUAAUGUAUUCAUGUACCGGAACACUUCUGCCGCUAGGGGGUUUAUCUUAUUCUUUCUUCCUCUUUUUAUGUUUUGGGAGAGGAUGACCUUUAGGGAGGUACUCUUGGCUGGAGGGUAGGACAGUAGGAGUUGAUGAAAUGACAUUGAUGUUUGACAGUGUCAUAAGUUGUGUAAAUUAUUUAUCUGGAUCAAAUAAACUCAAAGAUGUAGGUCAUUAGGCUGGGGACUCAGGAGUACCUAAAUAUGAUAGCUGUGUUUGCUAGUGUAGUAGUAUUCUGUAAACUGUUUGGCUCGAGAUUCUGUACCUUCAAGGCUUUGAAUGAAUGUAUGCUAAAGACGGCAGAGUAUGCAAGAUUAGAUCA